CUACCUACUAGAAGCCUUCUAAAGAAGGAGCAGCCGUUCUGCUCGGCUCUGGAACCCAAAGCGCCCCGCGGCGCCGAGCCUCCGAGGUGGGCGGCGGGGUCAGGCUGCGCGAGGUGAGCCGCUGCGCCUUCCCGCCUUCCCGCUCCGGCCGCUCGCCAUUGGCCAUCGCCCGGCGCGGCGCUCACCUAUUGGUUGCGACCGGUGCCGGGAGUCGCCUCACCGCCGGGGCCGCUCGCUCCUCAUUGGCCGGCGCGCUCGGCCCAGCGCGGCAGCGGGCCGUUAGCGUUGGAGCAGGAGGGGGGCGGCUACUCCCGACAUCGCUACGGCGGCCGCCGCGGGCCCAACCGCGCGUUCCGCGAAGCUGCCGGCGGCCAGCAUGGAUACCGGGAAGCGGACGGAGGCCGGGGGCUGCGCGGAGGAGGCGGCCGGGCCCGUGUUCACGUUGGAGGAGGUGGGGAAGCGGAACUCCAACCGCGAGGCCUGGCUGGUCAUCCACGGGCGCGUCUACGAUGUCACCCGUUUCCUGGAGGAGCAUCCAGGUGGAGAAGAGGUUUUGCUUGAACAAGCUGGAAGAGAUGCCACAGAGAGCUUUGAAGAUGUUGGUCAUUCCACAGAUGCCAGGGAGAUGCUCAAGCAGUACUACAUAGGGGAGGUCCACCCGGAUGACCGUAAAAAGGGAGGUUCCAAGGAAAAAAAAGUGACUGCAUACUCUUAUGACUCAGGUCAGAGGAUCAAAAUAAGACAUCCUCAGGACAAGCAAGACAACAUGAAACAGCUGCUAGUGAGCCUGUGGAUUUGCCUCAGUACUUCACACAGCACUGUCAGAAAUAAACUGCAAAUUAUCUACAAUCCUGUCCAGAAGAGAUUUUGAGAGAUUCAAUUCCACAGUAACUUUCUCAGUGCAUGCAGGCAACACUAAUUGGAGCAGCAGGAAGUUGUUAGCUUUGCUACCUCUUUCUGUGUCUGUUUUUAACGGUUCAACAAAUAUAAAUAUUUUAAAAGUGAUCCUGUUGAUUUUGUAAUAUUUCUACUUGUCCUUUUAACAUGUAUAUUCUGUGAAACAAUGUAUGCCUUGGAUCCUUGUUUGUUCGGGUGCUUUUGUGCUGUGUGUGGCAAUGCUAGAAAUGGGAACUGACGUGGCUUCUUGAGAUGGAGUUUUUUCUUUCUCCCUGGGAUUUUGAUCCAACACAUGUAUUGGAAACAAAACUCAUUCUUACUGCCUGUGAAUCUGUACCAGAUGGGGGGCAACCCACAAAUAAUCCUGCCUCUCCUUCCUAAAUAAAAAGGGAAAAGAAAUCCA